AGCGUGAGGGGAAGCCACAGAAAACAACGAUUUCAGCAAAGAGGAGAUUAAUAUGUUCAAGAUAAUCUGACAGCUGUUAAAGAAGAUCACUCAGCGGGAUUAAUUGUGCUUGAAUUGACACGUUAAUAGUCAUUAUCAUGUCUGAAAAACAGGCCGGCAAAGCUUCCCAAAGGAAAGCGUCCACCAACAAGAACAUCAAGAAGCUGCGCACUAUCAGCAUGGUGUGCGGCCUGACGAGCAGCUGGCAGCAGUGGGUGACGGAUAAUGAGAGGAAGCAGGCCAGUGAGCCCAGUGGCUGGGCUCCGUCUUCGCUGGGAGGACCAACACAGGAGCCCAAAAGGACCUGGGUGCCAAAGAAGCGUCCUCCCACUCAGACCCAGCCAACAGAAGCCUCCCAAAAUCACACCAUCUGUUCCGGAGAGGCUCAGAAGACCAUAACUCCUCACAAGGAGACCCAGGAUGCAUCCAAGGCCAAGGAGGCGAAGACCUCGGGCGUGCCACCGGUUGCAUCUCGCAUCAAGGUAAAGCAAGUGGUGAAGACGGUGACCAGCGGGGUUCAGGAGAAAGGCGCCGGCGUGGGCCUCCUGACCGAGAAGAUCAAGAGGGAGUCUCUGCCGUCGGAUGAGGAGAUCGACAGGCUGCUGAAGAAGAAAAGCUCGCCGACGCGCCGCAGAAAAUGCUCCAACAUGGUGUCGUCUCUGACGAAGAGCUGGAAGCAGGUGGAGAAAGAGCAGAAGCACGGGAAAGAGGGGGGAGGACCAGGAGAGGGUGGUGAUAAAGACGUCAGCGAGGCUGAGACGGCGAGACGGGACACAGAGGAUGCUCAGGCGCAAAGGAUGAGCUCCAUAGAAGACGCAGAGCAAAAAGACUCUGAUGGAGACUCUGAGUCGGCAGUGAAGAUUAAAAGAUCCACAGUGUCAUUGUACAAAAAGGAAGCUGAGGAUGCCAACAAGAUCAGCGUCCUCUCCAAAAAGUACAGCGCUGUGGGAAACCUCAAGAGCCGCUGGCAGAACUGGGCCUCAGAGCACACCGUGAACCAGAAACUAAACCCCUUCAGUGAGUACUUUGACUAUGAAUACUCGAUGUCCCUCCGCCUCCAGAGGGGCCAAGAGGGGUACGGACGGCCAAAGGAGGGUACCCAGACAGCGGAGAGAGCCAAACGCGCCGAGCAGCACAUCCACCGCGAGAUAGACGACAUGUGCUACGUGAUCAGGACUAUGGCUGACCCGGACCCGGACGGAAAGACCCGCGUCACGUUCGGGCAGCUGUUCGACAGGUACGUCCGGAUCUCCGAUAAGGUGGUGGGCAUCCUGAUGAGAGCCAGGAAGCACGGGAAGGUGGCGUUCGAGGGCGAGAUGCUGUGGCAGGGCCAGGACGACGGCGUGAUCAUUACUCUGCUGGUGUGAUGUUAACACCUGGGUCGAGGCUGGACUGGAAAUCCUCUCGCAGCUACUUUGGCUGGAAAUAAUCUCGGCCAUUAUCAAGCGGGGCUAAGAGGAGGAUUUAAAAGAGGGUUUGACCCGGGUCGACUCAGAGGACACUUGCAGAACAAUAUCAAAGGAAUAUGGAGAUGAGAAAGCUUGGCGGAUGAGUCGGUGUGGAUUAUCCAAGGAGUAUAGCUUCUAUUUUUGCAGAUACUUGAAACCUCUUUCUGUCACUCUUGUGGAUAUUUGAGUUGCAGCCUUCAUGCAUAUGUUUUCAGUAAUCUGCUAAGACUUUAAAGUUUUAAUUCGGGAGCUCUGGAGGGUGACGUUUUCAGCUGCUUAAGUUUCCAUUCAGAGUU